AUGGCAAAGCCCGCUGAUCUGUUGCUCUGCGUUUCAUCAUUUUCUUUCUUAGUUCUCUUUCAAACUUUCCUGUUCGUAUUCGUAUUCGUACCAGUUGCCAACACAGAUGAUCAGGUGGCUCCUAAACCUGCAGCUAUUUUCAUAUUUGGAGAUUCGACUGUGGAUGUUGGCACCAACAAAUUGUUGCGCAAUAGUCUUUCCAGAGCUGAUUUCUCACCCAACGGGGUUGAUUUUCCUUAUGCUAUUCCGACGGGGAGGUUUAGUAACGGUCUUAACAGCGCCGACCAAAUUGUAAGACUAUUUGGGUAUCAGAGAAGUCCGCAACCAUUCUUGUACUCUCUGAAACAUCGAUCCACUUUCAAAAGGGAUAUACUGCAUGGAGUUAAUUUUGCAUCAGGAGGAUCCGGCAUUUUCAAGCAAACAGGAAAAAGGAACUUUGUGCAAGUUGUGCCAAUGGGAAAACAGGUCAAACAAUUUGAGACUGUUCGUGGGAAUAUCACAGAACUAAUUGGUUUUGGGGGAACUGAGUUUAUGCUUUCCAACUCUUUGUUCGUUAUUAGCAUUGGAAGCAACGACCUGUUCGAAUUAGUGAAUUGGUAUCCAAAUAUCACUGUCUUGGAAAAGGCUGAGUACUUGGUAAAUCUUAAACUUGAGUACCGUAAUCAUCUGAAGGACUUGUACAAUCUCGGAGCUAGAAAGUUCGGGAUCAUAAGUGUUCCUCCAAUUGGAUGCUGUCCUGCUGCUCGUGUUGGACCAAAAUCAAAUGACUCCAGUGUCUGUGUAGAAGAACUAAACAACCUUGCCUUAACAUUUCUUGCACAGACUGAGGAUUUCCUCCGAACAUUAAGCUCAGAGUUGAAAGGAUUCAAGUACUCGCUUGGAAACGCUUAUGAAAUGACUAUGAGUAUCCUUGAAGACCCAUUAGCAUUUGGCUUCAAGGACACUCGAUCAGCCUGCUGUGGGUUAGGAGAGUUAAAUGGAAAGUUACCUUGCCUCUUCUUCCUCGAUCCCAAACUGUGUCCGAAUCGGCGCGAGGUUUUGUUCUGGGAUUUGUAUCAUCCUACUGACUUUGCUUCCGAGCUAGCAGCGCUAACCCUUUAUGGCGGAGGAACAAGAUUCGUCACACCUAUGAACUUCAGUCAGUUGGUGGCUUUAAACAUUAGCUCUUACACACAGCAAUAG